UUGAAAAAAUGGCGGACUAUGAAGCCGAAACAAGCAGCGCCAACAACUCAAUGAAAAUCAAUAAUAAGAAAAAGAAAAGAAAGCUUUCAGAUUCAGAUCAAAAACACAAUCAAAAGUCUUCGAAAUCAUCUCGUAUCGAUGAGCCAAUUGAAGAAGAUAAUAAAAAAUUAAUACAAGAUGUGUCUCCAUGGAGAAAUUUGCAGCUAAUUUUGUCUCUAAAAGAUAAUAAUCUUCAUAUCGAAAAAAAGGUGGAUCUGGCUUAUAAGUUUGUGAAAUUGAGAUAUAGUCAAGUAGAAGACGACACCACCAAGGCGCCAGAGGCUGUUAGCUUAGAAAGACUAAUCGUUUUCCUUAACAGUUGGGUGCAGUCAGCAUUGAUUUCUUCUGAGAAAAAAGUUAGAGUUGAAGGGGUUAAGUUUGGUUUAAGUGGGUCUUGUUUAGAUUAUAGAUGUUGGACGAUUUUCAAGUUUUGUCUACAGGAGGGUACGGCGCUUAAUGUUUCUUUGAGCUUUGCUAAGGAUAUUUUAAAGGUUAUACAAUGUGUUGCUAGGAAUAUGGUCAUCAAGGAUUUGAAUGAUGAUGAGUCAGUGUUAUAUUAUACAAUGCUUGAUUGCAUUUCAUCCAUUUUUGCAUCACAUGGUGGGGUUUCCAAUGAAAAUUUAGAUUUAUGGAUUUUGCUAGUUGGUACUGUACUUGAGCUUGGUUUGAAUGUGAUUACCAGCAAGCUUGACGAUAACAAAUUAGGCAUGAUUGUCCUCAAUUUGACAUGCUUUGUACUUGAUCCGUUCACCAAGUUUUUGAGGCUUCAUCCGAAUAAGAAAAAUGGUUUUCAAGAUCUUGUGGAUCGACUUUUGGAACCGUUGCUGUGUUUACUCCAUGUGCUACACCAAUCUGUUAUCACCGGUAACUCUCCGUGGAUGAGUAAGUUACUGAAGCUAGUUGAAGAAGUCUUGUGUCAAGGAUUGUUUCACCCCUCACACAUUGAUGGAUUUUUGAGCUUACAGGGACUAACAAAGUAUACAGUUUCUGAUGAUGGAAAGGCUAAAGACAUGAAAAUAGUUAUUAAAAGUUAUCACAGGCACUUGUUUGUUAAGCUAGGAAGAAUAGUGGUGGCGAAGAAUGCAUUGGCAUUAUUUGGUGCAGGGGAGCUGUUUCGCUUGUAUGUUCAUUGUAUAAAAAGGCAAGAGGGCAUAAAAGUGACUGAUGAUUCUAGCAAAGUUGAUAUUUAUCCUUCUGGUAGCCAUAGCGGAGUGUCAGAGAAAAGUCAAGUUGUAUCCUCUUUAAGUCCUGAGGUUCGGAAGUCACUUUUUGAUGUCUUGGUACAGAUCAUGGAGCCUUUUCUAGGCGAUAUUGAUACUUACCUUCAAAAUGAAGUGGAACUAGGAUCUGUGUUAGAAGAUGUUUAUUGCACUGUCAAAUCGAUCAAAUCAAUUCUUAAAAUCGUUAUGCAAGAGAAAAUAUAUCUAAGGGUAGAUGACACCUCUGAAGGGGCUUGUGCUAAUUUCUUGAAAGUGAUUUGUAAUAAAAUAACACUACUUUCUGCCAAAAUAGGUCAGAUAGUGCCAUCAACUUUUUAUGCAAAUAACAAAACAUGUAAGGAGUCGGUGGAGGUCCUAGGCACCGAGCUUGUUUUGUGCAUACGCUAUUUACUCGAAAUUGAUUACGAGGUUCUUGGCAAUGAUCUAGAAAGUCUAUGGCUUUUGAUGUUCUCUUUUGGGACCCUUGGACACACUUUGAACAACGUGCAGAACAAGACCUCAGUAAUUCCAGAAAUACUUCAUCUUGGAUGCCACAUGGUUAACCUCUACAGCGAACUUCGUCAGGUUGGUACCUCUAUUUUUGCACUUUGUAAAGCAGUCAGGCAUUUUGUAUCAUCUGUAGGAGAUGUUGAAGCUAAUCAUUCAGACUCUUGGAGGUCCUCGUUAUACCAUGAAUCAUGGACAAAGUCAUUGAGAUUGAUAUUAUGCUCAUCAGAGUUAAGGCUCUCUAUUCAUAAUGCAGUAAAGUCUAUACCUGAAGGGCAAGUAAGUCUGUGUAUUCGAGAGUUAGCCUCUGAUCUCUCUGAAUCUCUCAAAUGGAUGAAUGGUAAUGUAGAAAAUUCAUCUCAAAAUGAGUUUAGCACUUGCCUUAAAUUGAAAGCAGAGAUUCUUGGUAUCGGUUUAUCUGAGGUGUAUUCUUUAAUUCUGGACUCACUGAUGGUUUCUACUGGUAACAGCAGUCUUGUUGGAGAUUCUCUAAAUGCUUUUAUGACAGUAAUUCGUCCUAGUAUGAGUCUUUUGAUUUCACAACCAAGUGACGGAGUUUAUGAGUUUCUGGCUACAGUUUCUGGAAAGAAAUUCUCUAAUCAAGCAGAACGCAAAGAGGAAACAUUGCAUGUUCAUUGGAUUUUUGUUUUUUGUUUUCGUUUGUAUAUGUCUAGUAGAAGUUUAUACCGCCAGGCGGCUAGUCUUGCACCACCAACUACAUCCAAGAGGAUGUCAGAAGAGAUGCGAGAUUCUUUUACAGCUUGUUCUGGAAAUGAUUGGUUGGAGAAGACUGAAAAGGAUGAAGGCUAUUUUUCUUGGAUCGUUCAGCCUUCAGCUUCUCUUCUUCUCAUUAUAGAAGCAAUUUUAGACAUUUUUCCUAAAGAAAGUGUGGCUGAUCUUUCCCCUUUGACAUAUGUUUUGAAUGUUAUGACUAUUCAGAGGCUUGUUGACUUGAAUAGACUGAUCAAUUCCUUUGAAUUUGUGAUCAAGCGGAAUGAUAUGGUGAUUUCUGACGAGGAUAGUAGUUCAAGUAAACAGAACAACCGCUUACGAAAACGGCUUUCAAAGUUAUCAAAAGAGGCAACAGGUCUUGCUAACUACUUGAUGGGACACCUUUCUUUACUGAAGAAAUGGCAGCCAAAUAAUAAGUCAACAGAAGAUGGAUGGGAUAUUGCGGUUGCUGCAAUAGAUAAGAGUUCAUUGCCUUGUGCCUUUUGGUCCAUUGUCUGCCAGAAUACUGACAUUUGGAGUAUGCAUGCUGCUAAGAAGAAACUGAAGAUGUUUUUGUCAGUUCUUCUUCAAAAUUCUCUUCCAUAUGCAGCCAAUACUUUCAAUAACUUUGGAGAGCAUAAUAGUUCUAUGAAAGCUGGGAACUUGAAGACAGUCAAUGGACGAGACAUAUCAUUGGAGCUUCUCAGUAACACAAUGUUUUACGAGGAAAAAUUUGUUCGAAAGCAUAUGGCAUCAAGAAUUUGUCAGUUUUUGGAAGAUUUGGUGUCACCAUUAUUUAGUAAUGGAGUUAUCGAAUUGCAAGCUCAACCCAAUUGGGCUGAGGUUAUAAGUUCCCUUAAAUUCCCAUCAGAUCUCCCUAUCAGGAAAGGUUGCAUCGAGCAAGAAGUUGAUUCGUCAUCAGUUAGGAUAAUAUAUACAGCUUGUGAAAAUUCACUUAGUUUUCUCUCUUGGAUGCCAAAAAGAUGUAUAAGCUCUAAAUCGUUCUCCCUCUAUGCAACUUGUAUAUUAAAUCUCGAAAGGCUUAUAGUUGGCACUUUGGUUGGUGAUAAUGACACUCCAUUAUUUCAUGACCAUUAUGAUCUCUUACGGCUUCUCUUUUGCUGCCGGAAAACCCUUAAACAUCUGAUGGCUACGUUUUGUGAAGAGAAUUUGGAAGCCGGUGAAAACUCACUUGGUGCCUUACACUUUGGAGGCAAGUUUCCUGCUUUAUGGAUUAUAAAGUCGUUACUCUCAGUGCAGCAUGCAUUUUCGAUGGAUGGUGACACCCAGGUUUCCGGUUUGAUCAUUUCACUGACUGAUUACACCGCGUAUGUGUUUUUGACUCUCAUCAAGGGUACUUUCAUCCAUGCAAGUCAUUCUCUUAUAUCCUCUAGGAAGCCAUUUCAACUGAAGACUGGUUUUGCAUUUGAUCAUGAAGAUAGUGAUCACUCGGAAAGUCUUGAUGCAUCAAACUUUCUGAUUCAUGUAGCUGAGGCAUUAAAAGAUCACUCACAAGUGAUGCUCACCCCUCAAAGUGAUAAAAAUUCGAAAAGCCAUCUUCAGAAGCUUUCUUCUAAUAUUGCCUGUGUUCAUGGAUUCUUGUGGGGCAUUUCAUCUACAUUAUGCCAUAUGGAUGCACAGAGUAUUAAUCUAAAAGCCAUAUUUCUGAGAAGAAAUUUCGAACCGGUUGACAAAUUGAAACUUUGCAUUGAUACUUACACAACUGUCGUGAACCAAUUAUUGUGUGAGUUGGUUCUUCUAGAUGAUAAACUACUUAAAACUGCAGACAAAAACUUCAAUUUGGAAGAUGUGGAUAUGGAUAUCUUGGAUAUAAAUAGGGGCUUUUUACACGGCCUCGUAGCUGGGGAAAAUCUUGAAGCAGCAUUUCUUCUCAGACAGCUAUUUAUUGCCUUUUCAGUCAUUCUCAAGCUGCAUUUACAAACCAAAAUGUCAUUGUCAUCGAACCUGAUGAAGAUAUUCAUAGCGAUUUCAGAAAUUGUUUUAUUGGAGUUUUCAAACAACACUAGAACACCAUCACAUUUAACUUCCGUAUUUUUGGAUGGAAUUGGAAAGUUUCUUGAAGAAGCGGCAAAUCAUCCUUCUGUAACUAAUUCUCCAUUACCUACAGAUCUUUAUGAAAGAUUAAUUGAUUUGCACUUGAAGGCUAUUGGGAAAUGUAUUUCUUUACAAGGAAAAGAAGCUACUUUAGAAUCUCAUGAGACUGAAUCAAGUACGAAGAUGAUGAAUGGUCCACUUGUAUUCUCUGAAUGUGCUUACUCUAGCUUAGAUGAACUUAAAAUGAGAUUAAGGAAUUCGUUAAAAGUUUUAGUCAGAAAACCAUCAGAUAAGUACAUUUCCUCUGCGAUGAAGUCCAUAAAAAUAGGCCUCGUGGGGUUGCAGGGAGGCAACAUGGCAAGUUAUCAAAUAUAUGCUGGAAGUUCUUGCGGAGGAAUAGUUUCUUCAGUUGUUGCUGCUAGCAUUGAUUGUUUAGAUUUAGUUCUUGAAGCCAUUACAGGUCGGAAGGGCAUGAGCAUGGUCAAAAUGGAUAUCUUGGGCUCGGUGUGUUGCCUUUUCAACAUUAUUCUGCAUUUGCAGGGACCAACAAUCUUCUACAAGGAUUUCAGUUCUAAUAUGCCUAAUUGUCUUGGUCCUGAUCCAGGAUCUGUUGUACUUAUGUGUAUCGAAGUAUUAACAAAAGUGUCAGGAAAACAUGCUCUCUAUCAAAUGGAUGCAUGCUCCGUGGCACAAGCACUGAGUAUCCCAGCUACACUUUUCCAAAAUAUUCUCCAGCUUAGAACCUUUGAAGCUUCUACUCAAUCUGCUUUCCGGAGGUCCUCUGGUGUUGAAGAUAAGUAUGAGAGCAAGAAUUACAAGCUUUUAGAUGGACACUAUACAAUUGAAUUAUAUGCAGCGUGUUGCCGGAUGUUGCACACUUUUCUUAGGCAUCACAAAAGGGAAAGUUUACAGCACAUUGCACUAGUCCAAGCUUCUGUUUCUGUUCUUCUUCAUUGUUUGGAGAUGGCAAACAAAGAGCAAGCCGUGCAAAAAAACAGUUUUGUAUGGCAGCUAGAGGAGGGAGUUAAAUGUGGUACUUUUCUUCGAAGAAUUUACGAGGAGAUACGGCAACAGAAAGAUGUAAUUGGCAAGGAUUGUCGCCUAUUUUUAUCUACUUACAUACUGGUCUAUUCUGGAUAUGGUCCUCUGAAAGUUGGCAUCAGGCGGGAAAUAGAUGAAGCAUUGAGACCAGGUGUUUAUGCUUUAAUAGAUGCUUGCUCACCUGAUGAUCUUCAAUAUCUUCAUACCGUUUUAGGAGAGGGUCCUUGCAGAAACACUUUGGCAAAUCUACAACACGAUUACAAAUUGAAUUUUCAGUAUGAAGGAAAAGUGUAGUCGAAAACUUUGGAGUUUUCCUUUCACGAUAGAUGUUUCACAGUAGCAUUUGUGAAAUUUCACCCGAUUCUCGGAGCUGCAUAGGAUCUGUCAAUCCUUGGUAUAUUAGACUACAAGAACUUGGUCUUCAACGCCAAGAAUCCUUUUUGCCGUCAAACAUGUGAUUUGAAGUCUGAUACAGCUACACGUUUCAGGGGAUCUAGAGUGCAAUGUUUAUCAGAAUUUUUGGUUUUAUAGGGAUAUGAACUUUUUGAUGUAUAUUUGAUAACCAUCGGGUAUGUUUUGGUACCUUAGGUAGGUUACAUGAUAUAAUCUUUUUAACGUUGUCACAAACAAAAUCUAGACAACUUUAUUAGCAUAUAGAUUGACAAAUGAAAAUGUUUGUAUGAGUCUAUGAGAGAUCAAUCAAAAGGAUUUUAUAUCA